GUGGAGUUAGUUAACCCAGACUAACCAGAUGACGCAGUGUCCAAAGCAUAGCCCGACCGGGAAACGAAUCAAGACAUUCGAAUUAUUUUAUUGGCCACCAGGAAACUGGAACGCCCCACAAGCCACCCGAAGGCGAGGGAAAUAAGUUGAGAAUACCAUGGACCCGGGCAGCUCCCGGGUGAUCGCCUGUCGUCUUGAGUGUAUGCCAGCUAGCGUCCCCAGUCCCCAGAUCGCGGUUACCGGCCCGAACCCCGCAAACCCAGACCACUCCGACCCGACCGCCGCCGCCUCCCACCAGCUUUCAGUGGAAGGCAGCGUCCACCAGGAACCAAAGUCUCGGUCUCAAAAAGGAGAAGAAAAAUACCACACAAACCCCCGAUCAUCUUUCGGGUGCUCCCCUGCAAUGCAAGCGGGAAGGUUGCCGCUAUUUAGGCUAUUUCAACCGUGAGCACGAGCUCAUCCGACACCUUCGGAAAAUUCAUGUCGCUCCCCGAGCCCAUCCCUGCCCUGUGAAAGAUUGCGCCAAAGUGUGUAAUCGGAAAGACAACCUACUGCAACACAAGAAGACUCGCCAUGGGCUUGGCUAGACGAGUGAUGAUUCUCUAAAAUCUGAGCGCUCCUGGUGUUUUUGUGUUUCUUUUUCUUUUACUUUCUUAUUUCUAUUUUUUUGCUUCUUUUCUUCUCAAAGCUGCAGUUAUGGGAGUAUAUGGGUGUUUCACCAGGACACAGAAAGGCCUAUUAAGGCCACGAAUCCGAACACGAAAUCAAG